UGGAAAACCGGUCCCCUUUCCUCAGAGUAAUGCCAAACAUUGUAGCAAUAACAAUAAUAAUAUCUAGAGUCUAGAACAAGUCCAACUUGUAUCCAAAGUGAUUUUACCAAAUUGUCCAUGGCGCCACCAACUCCAAAACUGGUUGUGCCAAUAGACCUGAAAAAGAAGCCAUGGGAACAGAAACUUCCUCUUCAUAAUCGAUGGCACCCUUACAUACCCACUGUGGGGGAGGUUAAUACCGGUGAAGUAUUUAGAGUAGAGAUGGUAGAUUGGACAGGAGGUGCUAUUAAAGAUGACAAUUCAGCACUAGACAUAAAACUUGUAGACCUCUCAACUGUCCAUUACCUUAGUGGGCCAAUCAGAAUUGUGGACAGUGAUGGCAUUCCAGCCAAGCCUGGAGAUUUGCUUGCUGUUGAAAUAUGCAACUUGGGUCCUCUCCCUGGUGAUGAAUGGGGUUUUACAGCAACAUUUGACAGAGAAAAUGGAGGUGGUUUCUUGACAGACCAUUUUCCAUAUGCCACAAAAGCUAUCUGGUACUUUGAAGGGAUAUAUGCUCAUUCUCCUCAAAUACCAGGAGUGAGGUUUCCAGGUAUAACACACCCAGGUAUAAUUGGAACUGCACCAUCAAUGGAACUACUAAACAUAUGGAAUAAAAGGGAAAAAGAUGUUGAAGUAAAUGGUAUUCACUCACUCAAACUAUGUGAGGUUUUGCAUACCCGACCCUUGGCAAAUUUACCAACAACAAAAAGUUGUUUCCUCGGAAAGAUUAAAAAAGGCACUGAUGAAUGGGAGAAGAUUGCAAGUGAAGCAGCAAGAACAAUACCAGGGAGAGAAAAUGGUGGAAAUUGUGACAUAAAAAAUCUCAGCAGAGGUUCAAAGAUAUACCUUCCUGUUUUUGUAGAAGGAGCAAAUCUCAGCACCGGUGAUAUGCAUUUUUCACAAGGUGAUGGCGAAAUCUCAUUCUGCGGUGCAAUAGAAAUGAGUGGUUUCUUAGAACUCAAGUGUGAUAUUAUAAGGGGAGGAAUGAAAGAGUACCUUACUCCAAUGGGCCCCACCCCACUACAUGUCAACCCAAUAUUUGAGAUAGGCCCAGUUGAACCAAGAUUCUCAGAGUGGUUAGUGUUUGAAGGCAUUAGUGUGGAUGAAAGUGGCAGGCAACACUACUUAGAUGCAAGUGUUGCAUACAAGCGAGCAGUGCUCAAUGCUAUUGACUACAUAUCUAAGUUUGGAUACUCCAAAGAACAAGUGUACCUUUUGCUAUCUUGUUGCCCGUGUGAAGGAAGAAUAUCUGGAAUUGUUGAUGCGCCUAAUGCUUGUGCAACACUUGCCAUUCCAAUAGCUAUAUUUGACCAGGAUAUCCGUCCUAAAAAUAACAAGGUACCAAUUGGACCCCGCAUUGUAAAGAAACCAGAUGUCUUCAAAUGCACUUAUGAUGGGAACUUGCCCAUCACAACAAAUCCUAGUGCUACAUCAUGAUUCGCAUUAGCUUCAAUUUCAAAUCAUAUGUUUCUUAUGUAAUAUAUCUUCAAAACUCCUAGGACUAUGCUAUAAAAAUAAAGUCUAUAUGAAAUAUUUGCAUGGUAUGCAACAAUUUCCCGGAGAAAUGUUAGAAUAAUGUCGGUAAUUUAAUUA